UGGUGACUGUGCCUUUAAAUUACUGCUUUCGGAGGGUGCAUCUAGGGGGAUGUGGGAGGGAGGGAAACAUCUUUUUACUGCUCUCCUUCCCUCCCCUCCAAGAUUCUCCAGGGUUUGGAGAGUGAUUGCUACCCAAAGAGAAUCUUUUCUGGCUCCCUGACCAUCCGGCUGAGGCCGUUCUCAGUCCAAGACAAGCCCAAGCUGAAGCUGGAGCUGGAGCUGGUAGGGUUAUCUGGGUCAGGUUCAGUGCCAGAGAAUACAGUUCUAGACCCUGACUGCUAAGGACAGGGCAGAAAAGAGGCAGGAGAGAAAAGAGAGCUCAACAGCUAGUCUGGCCAUACAGGCUCCUUAUUCAGGUCCAAGCUAGAGAAGGGCUCUAUACUAUUGGUGUUCCCACAGGGAUACCUGCUCUCACCUUGGCAGCCAGACUGAGAAAGGACUCCAAGGUCCCUGAAGAAUGACAACUCUUGUUCCUGCAACCCUCUUCUUUCUUCUCUGGACCUUGCCAGGGAAGGUCCUCCUCAGUGUGGCUUUGGCAAAAGAGGAUGCCAAAUCUGGCCCCAAAGGAUCCCAGCCCAUGUCCCCCUCUGAUUUCUUGGAUAAGCUUAUGGGACGAACAUCUGGAUAUGAUGCCAGAAUUAGGCCCAAUUUCAAAGGACCACCUGUGAAUGUGACCUGCAACAUCUUCAUCAACAGUUUUGGUUCCGUCACUGAGACCACUAUGGACUACCGGGUAAAUGUCUUCUUACGGCAGCAAUGGAAUGACCCACGACUAGCCUACCGAGAAUAUCCUGAUGACUCUCUGGAUCUAGAUCCCACCAUGCUCGACUCUAUCUGGAAGCCAGACCUCUUCUUUGCCAAUGAGAAAGGGGCCAACUUCCAUGAGGUGACCACAGACAACAAGUUGCUGCGCAUCUUCAAGAAUGGGAAUGUGCUCUACAGCAUCAGAUUGACCCUCAUUUUGUCCUGCCCAAUGGACCUCAAGAACUUCCCAAUGGACAUCCAGACCUGCACGAUGCAGCUGGAAAGCUUUGGUUACACCAUGAAUGACCUUGUGUUUGAGUGGCUAGAAGAUGCUCCUGCUGUCCAAGUAGCUGAGGGGUUGACUCUACCCCAAUUUAUCUUGCGUGAUGAGAAGGACCUAGGUUACUGUACCAAGCACUACAACACAGGAAAAUUCACCUGUAUUGAGGUAAAGUUUCACCUGGAACGGCAGAUGGGCUACUAUCUGAUUCAGAUGUACAUUCCCAGCCUACUCAUUGUCAUUCUGUCCUGGGUCUCCUUCUGGAUCAACAUGGACGCUGCCCCUGCUCGUGUAGGCCUUGGCAUCACCACUGUCCUCACGAUGACAACCCAGAGCUCUGGAUCCAGGGCCUCUUUGCCUAAGGUAUCCUAUGUGAAGGCAAUUGACAUCUGGAUGGCUGUAUGCCUGCUCUUUGUAUUUGCUGCCUUGCUUGAGUAUGCUGCAGUCAAUUUUGUCUCUCGUCAGCAUAAGGAGUUUAUGAGACUUCGUAGAAGGCAGAGACGCCAACGCAUGGAAGAAGACAUCAUACGAGAGAGCUGCUUCUAUUUUCGUGGCUAUGGCCUAGGACACUGCUUACAAGCCAGGGAUGGAGGCCCAAUGGAAGGUUCCAGCAUUUAUAGUUCCCAACCUCCAGCCCCUCUUCUAAAGGAGGGAGAAACCAUGAGGAAACUCUAUGUGGACCGAGCCAAGAGAAUUGACACCGUCUCCAGGGCUGUCUUCCCUUUUACUUUUCUUGUGUUCAAUAUCUUCUAUUGGGUUGUCUAUAAAGUUCUAAGGUCAGAAGAUAUCCACCAAGCACAGUGAACAAGAUGGAUGCUAUAGUGUAUAGCUUCUGGCUUCUUGCUUUUACCCAGGUGGGCUGUUCCCUUCCACCAGACUCUAUCAGGAGCUUGACAGUUUCCUCUUGACUUUCCACUAAUAAUUUCAGUUACCAUUUCCCAAACUAUGUGGGAACUGCCUAGUGCCAAUGGUGGCUGUACUUAAAAACAGGCUUAUCUCCCCCAAUCCAGAUUUACUGCUUAGUAUGCCAUUUCUCAUUGUUUGUCCAUGUGCCUAGUGCCAAAAUGACUUUUUGCCAUUGCUGGGGCUACUCUGUGAAGAAUAUUUAGACUAAUGGAUUCUUAGUUUUAUCAUCUUCAUCUUUUCUACUUCUAUUCAGAGCCUGACCUUUACUUGGCACUUCUCUCCCUCCCACUAUAAGCUCAAAUAUGGAGUCCUUUCAGUCCACAAAUACUGCCCUGAAUGACCUAGUGAGAUGUCCUUACUGAUAGGAAGACAAAGGCACACAUUUCCCACCUCUUAACCAGGAUGUGAUAGUUACAGGCUUCAUGGGGCUAGGGUACUAUUAAAUGGCCCAACAGACAGGAGUUCACUUCUCCUAAGAAAGUUGCAGUUUUCAGAACUUGGGCAAGAACCCAGCACUCUCAGGAAGUCUACCCUUCCAGAUCUACCUAAGCUUCCUGGUCCCAGACAUACUUGUUAUAGUAUCUAAUCAAUUAGCAUGGCCACAAGUUUUGUUGUGGCAUUAGGUAGGAUAAAGGUAGGGAGAGGCUUAUUCUUUAAGAAAUUUAUUUAAUGAUCUAGGAAAUGUGAGAUGAAAGGACUAGAAACUAAGGAGUGGAGUACAGAAAUAAUCUUUAGAGAGACUGAUACUAUUUUGUUUCUUCUUUUUCUUCAAAGUCUCUUUAUCUUUCAGGACCUUCUUUCUCCUUUCUUUUGGCAAGCAAAAAAUGGUGCCAGGGUAGUAGUUGUACAACGUGGAGAUCCAUAAUUGGGUUCUUUACCCUUUUAUGCUUCCCUUUCUUCUUCCAUAGGAUUACUCAGAAAGCUACAAGAAAGGUCAGAAUAGAGUGGGUUGGUGUGUCACUCUGGGUUAUGGGUACACAUAGGCCUGGUACAUUGAGUUCUUUAAAGUGAUCUGAGUAUGAAGAACACAGAAAUGAGAUGAGAAAAAUUAAAGUAUGAAGGCAGCAGUUGGAAUACACAAAAACAUAAUCUCUUAAAAUAUUAUGAUUUCCCCCCCUCUGGACCCAGAAUAAUAAUUAACUAUAUAACUGGAGCACACCUCUGUCCAUUCCAACUUUCCUCCUUCUCUCUCUCUCUCUCUCUCUCUCUCUCUCUCUCUCUCUCUCUCUCUCGCUCUCUCUCUCUCUCUCUCCAUCUCCUCUCUUCUCUAUCUCAUUUCUGCCUCACUACUUCAUUCCACAUAGUAUACUAAAUUCAAAGUCAGUAAGUCCAAUGGUCAAUGUAAAUUCUAUAGUGCAAAGACAAGACCACCCAGCUUUCUCUAUUUUCAUAUUGAAUUUGUCUGGCCGUUGUUAUUCAUUGAGAUAUCCUUUUGUCUCCUUGAUUUUGAAGAAAGUAGUUUGGAAUGAUCAAGGUAGUUAGCGUAGAAUUUUUUUUUUUUUUUGAGACAAGGUCUUGUUGUAUACCCUAAGCUAGCCUGGAACUCAUUUGCAAUCCAGGCUAGCCUUGAUCUCAUAAUCUUCCUGUCUCAGCCUCCCUGGUGUUAAGAUUAAUAGUGUGUACUACCAUAUUCAGAUCUAGAAAUUACUUUUACUGACCAAGAAUUAAAAUUUAAAAACUGGUUUAUAGGAGGAAAUUAAAUUGAAAAGGGAAGAAUGUCCCUAUAUUCCUAUUUCUGCCCAGGUAGUGCCAAUCAAUGAGAGGCCACAGCAAUACCCCUUUGAAAAGAGCAGAGAGUAUCUCUUUGAUACUAUCCCUUAUGGGGCUAGGGUGUCAGGCUGCCACAGUCCGGAGGCGGGGAUCGUGGGUGUGGACUAUGGAGAUGAGCUUAUUGCACAGAGCUCUACUUGUUACAGAUCUUGUCCAGAUGGGCCAACUGCACAAAUCUCCCCUGUUGGAAGUCUCAAGAACAAUGCCCUGGAAACAGCUACAGUACUGAGCAAUAAAGGCUGUCCAACUGGGACUCAGAUCAGGGAGGGCAUCAGCUGGUGCUGGGUGCCAAAGAAGCCAAAGUACCAAUCAACAUAAUAGACCAAAGGAAUUCACAAAGCCACUCAGAGCUAGUGCCAGGUGGAAAGUACUAUCCUUCUCACUGGAGCCCUUAAGCAAAGGAAGUAUUUGCAUAAUGCCAACAUCAGAUCCAGAACAAACGGCUUUCAUUUUCUUUAUUCUUCCCACAUAUGUAGAAAUGCUAGGUCUCACUGAGGCGGUUUGACAUUUAGCAAUCUGUUCAAUCACAAAAUUGUUAAACUUGUGUCUUUCUUGCCAAUGAAUUGAGAAAAGGUGACUUAAGUGUCUCAUUUAGAAGUCAUGUCCACUUAUCAGGUAAUACUUACCUUCCAGAGAACCAUACUGUUUUCUGCCUGAAUCAGUCUGAUGUGAUUCUGAGAUUUAAACAGCAUUUUAAGGCAAGAUCCUAUGAAGAUAGUGUUUCAGGUAUUUUUAUUAAUAUUUAUAUUAGAUAAAUAUUUCAUAAAUAUAUUUUUCAAGAGGAAAAUCUUUAUUUACUCAGUUGUUUAUCGGUGCCUCCAUCUUCCUUAUAGCUUUUUUCUGCCUUGUGCAAUGCCAGUGGUUUAGCCUCCUCAUUCCCUUUAAUCUACAAGUCAUUUUGUACUCUCCAAAUUCACAGACCAAGCAAAAGCAGCUUUCUAAGUGGAAGAAAUGUGCUGAAUAAAAUUUAUUCCUUUGUCUUUCCAUAAGCAUUUUUCCCACCUAUCGUAAAAGAACAGGCACUCUUCUGUUUAUAGUGUUAGACUGAUUUAAUGUUACUUUCUCUUUUUGUUGAUCCAUAUAAAUGCCUCAACUGUAUCCAGAAUAUAUUAUUUCUUCUGGAUUUCUUACGUGUAUACCCAACACUCUUGAUCGUCUUUAUCAACAUUAGCAUUAUUAGUCUUAUCUCAUUAUUUCUGGUUACUAAAAUAUCAAAAAUUAUACUUCACUAAGCUGGGAUUGAUCUUGUUAGGCAUCACUGUUAAGGAACAAUAACCAAUCUAGUACAGGAACCACCUAGGGAUCAGCAAGCAAGGUUCCACUUACUGGUUCAAUGGAAGAAAUAAGCAAAACAAGUUUUUUAUAGAAUAAGUUUUUUUGAAGGCAAGAGAUGCAUUUUAUACAACUUGUUAGCUUGCACAGCUCCUGGUACCUAAUAAUACACAAUAUGUGUAAUUAGAAUAAAAGCCUAUCU